AUGCCAUCCGCAGUCCCCAAAUCGUAUCAAUACACUCAUGUGCCCGAGACCAAGGAAGAUCUCGAUUGGGCCGACCUUCCAACCGUGGACCUCGCCAAGUAUGGCACACCUGAAGGAAACGCAGAGCUGGCCCAGACGUUGAUCGACGCCAUCCGGAGCAAGGGCUUCUUCUACGUCGUCAACUAUGGCAUCUCUCAAGACGCCGUCGACCGCCAGUUCGCCCUGGGCCAGAGCUUCUACAAGCUGCCGCUCGAGGAGAAGCUAAAGUACGUGCCCGACCUGGAGAACGGCGUCUACAACGGCUACCGUCCGGCGGGUCGUCGGAUCAUGGGCAACGGCCAGCCGGACAAGGUCGAGGUCUGGAACAUGGCGACCAACGACGGCCACAUCACCCAGCCCGUCCCCCAGCUAGUCCAAGAAUCCCUGCCCGAGAUCGAAUCCUUCGCCAAGGACCUGCACGACAAGGUGCUCGACCCGCUCAACCACCUGAUCGCGCUGGCGCUCGAGCUCCCGCCCGACUUCUUCACCAAGCUGCACCGGUGGGACGUGCACGACGAGUCGCACCUCCGCUACAUGAACUACGGCAAGUACUCCCCCGAGGAGGUCGAGCGGCUGGCGGGCGGGCACUGGGCCGACGGGCACACGGACCUGGGCACCAUCACGCUGCUGUUCCGGCAGCCCGUGGCGGCCCUGCAGAUCAAGGACCACGGCACCGGCCAGUGGAAGUGGGCCAAGCCGCUCGACGGCAGCCUGACCGUCAACACCUGCGACGCCCUCAGCUUCCUGACCGGCGGCUACAUCAAGUCCACGGUGCACAGGGUCACGCUGCCGCCCAAGGACCAGCGCCACGUCGACCGGCUGGGGCUGCUGUAUUUUGCCAGGCCGCAGAACGAUCUGGUGCUCAAGACGGUCGACUCGCCCGUCUUGAAGAGGGAAGGCUUCACGCAGAACGAGUUCGAGGCCGGUGGGCAUCGCGUGCCUACCAUGGGGGAAUUCACAACCAUCAAACAAAAGUGGCAGCAAAGCAAAGGAUACCAGAGAAAAGACCAAGUGCUUCUACCCGGAUUCACAGGCAAGAUCAUCGCCUGA